AUGGCCACACGCGGAGUCUUCCAAUUGACCAAAUUGCGUUUGCAUUACUGCGAAGUGGGGGGUUCGUCACGAGCGAUGCGGACCUACCUCGGCAACGGUAAAUUGGUGUCCUGGGCUACGGCCCACCCACACGUGGAAAUCGAGGUACAGGUGCGCAACGGACACCAUCCCUUCGUGCUGGCGGAGUACCGAAGCAUGGCCGCGACGCACCAGAUUUCCGUACGGAACGUGGACCGCUGGCAGGACGUGCAGGAUGUACUGUACCUUUUGAGUAACCGCAGUGGACGCAAAAUUACCAAAAUUACGACACCCGUAUUGACCGAUACACCGUCAAUUCAAGGCGUGUGGACACCCUUUUUGACUCUCAAGGAUCUUCCGCCGUUUGCGGUGCAAAUUCAUGAACCGUAAACGAGGAAUGGAAAAACACACCGAGUCUCGGGAUGUUACUGUUUUAUCUUUUUAACCGAGUCACUAAUCUAGUAUGCUGCUUUCGUACCG